GCUACAUCACCUGUUUAAGAUCUUGCCAUAACAAGCUAGGGGUUCCUGCAUAUGCAUGGUCAGGAGUGUGCAUGAAUAUACACUGCGUCAUGUACGAGAAGAACUGGUGAAAUCAGAAUCUCUGUCUAGAAAGAUGCAGUGAUCUGAAGAUGGUGCUGUUCAGUGCACUGUUGCUCUCUAAACUGCUGCUGCUGCACUUCGGGCUGCAUCUGACUGCUGGAGACGUGGGAGGCCCAUCGUGUGUAAUAUGUCCACCAGGACCACCAAGUCCACCAUGUUCAUGUCCACCAGGACCACCGGGACCACAGGGACCACCAGGUCCAAAAGGACCACAAGGUAUACCAGGUUUUCCAGGUCCAAAAGGUAUGCCAGGUCUACCAGGUCUACCAGGUCAACCAGGUAAACCGGGUCUACAAGGACCACCAGGUCCACCAGGUGCAAUUGACUCUAUGAAGGAGGAAAUCACGAGUCUUAGAACAAGACUGUCCUUGUUGGAGAAAGCCACAAGUUUCCAGACAUUCAUUAAUGUUGGGAAGAAAUACUAUGUGACCGAAGGACAUGCAAAGAACUUCAAGGAAGGAUUGGGAUUGUGCCACAAUGCUCGAGGAACUCUCGCCUUACCCAGGAAUGAAGAAGAAAACCAAGUGCUGUAUAAACUACUCAGGAUUAUGAAGUCAGAAUAUGUGUUUCUAGGAAUGAGUUACAGUAAACUGGAAAAAGGCUUUGUAGAUACAGAGGGGAAAUUUUUAAAUUUCUUUAAAUGGGAUAAAGGGGAACCAAACAAGUCUGAAAGGGAAGAAGAUUGCUUUGUGAUGGGCAGCAAUGGAACCUGGAUUGACAUAUCAUGUGAACAACAACACCUCAUUGUUUGUGAGCUAGCUUAGUGGCAUGUUAUUGCAAAUACUACAUCUCAAAAAACACAGACACAUUGAAGAAUUCUAGUUAAAAGGAAUUGUAAUUGUUAUGUAUAAUGUAUAAUGUAUAAUGCUACUAAUGUGUUAAUGCUGUUAAUGCUGUGUUUAUGACUCAAGAUCUGAUUUACUGAUUUUUUUUUUGCAAAAUUAAAAAUCUCUCAAGCA